GACCUGUUCGCCGACUUGGCUGCCAACCUUUCCAUCGACUCGGUCCAAUACCUCCGUCGCUCGCCUCGGUUCAUCGUCCGGCCCCAUCCUGCCAUCCCGCUCCGCCUCGUCCUUUCCCCAGCUUGUCUCCUCCCACCUCGUCCCCGUCUCAUCUCGACUGCGACCCGUACAUGUCUCAAAUCUGGUGUGCUGCCAACUCGGGCAAUGUCUCGCAGCUGAGGGUGUUGCUGCCAAGCGCGAGUGCCUUGGAGCUUGAGUGGACAGAUGCGAUGGGCAGAACGCCUCUAAUCGAGGCUGCCAAAUACAACCACCUUGACUGCGUUGUCGAGCUGCUGCGGUAUGGAGCCAACCCGCACCACGAGUCCUUUGCCGGCGACGCCCUUGCGCAUGCAACCACCCCAGAGAUCAAGCAGCUCAUUGCGGCCGCCACAUACCCCAGACCCAAGCCCUCGCCCCCAAAGAACGCACCCGCACUCGCUCCUGCUACAGCUCCAGCUCAAGCUCAAGCUUCCGUCUCCACGGGCGCCGGCACCGGCCACUGCGAAAACGGGUCCAGCAUCGUGUGUCGCUACUGGAAACGGGGGCACUGCAAGUACAGCGAUUCAUGUUGGUUCAGUCACCAAGCUGACUUACAGUCACACCCGGACCCGCCAGCAGCUCUCCGCAUGGUCGAUGCUGGUCGUUGUCGCUCCAAGUCCUCAUCGGACGAGUCGGGCACCGACUGUUCCUCCCUGGAGCCUGUCCCCUCGGUCAUGCAGACAAGACAUCCGGCCUCGAACAACAGAAUUUCGCCAACGGGACAUCCCAACAAAGCCUCUCAAUCCUCGCAUAAUCUCAAAAUCAGUACAGCUGUCGUCAGGACCGGAAACAGCCCCAGCCCCCCAACCUCGGCUUGCACCGUCAGCCCAAGUGCCCAUCCAGAUGGAUCCACGGGCACUUCCCGAAGCCCCACCAGUCCUCGUCCGUCAAAGCACUCUGCUCCCAACGUCGCCGCAAACCAGUCAUCCUUUGCCGCACUCAACAAGACGGGCUCGGGUGUCUUUCAUAGCACCACCAUUUGCCGCUACUGGCUCACAGGCACUUGCACCCGGGGGCCAGAGUGCCGGUUCCUGCACGGCAAGGGGCCGGCCCCGCCCGGAGUAACCCCUCGGCCCCAAAAGUCCGGCUCAGCACACGGAAUUCACGGUGUGCACUCCUCGCAGCAUUCGCCGCCGCACUAUCCGUAUCCACAUCAUCCUUCGCUGCCCAGCGGCGCCAUCCAGAAUGGACGCCAGACGUCCUCAAGGCACAACUAUGGUGAAACCGGCUCGGCCUGGCCCUCGAACCCCUCCAGCGCCGAUGUACCCUAUUCAGCGGGCGCCGCCGUCUAUCAGUUUGGUGGGCCAUCGUCCGCUUGUUUUCGACCUGGUGCAAUGGCGCCUCUGUCACCAGCAGUCCUGCCCACAGGCUACGGCUCCGAAGAAGUGCACUCUCCAGUGCAUGUGUCCUCAUUCCAUAUGCCUGGGGCCGAGCUGGGCCAUGGUCGCGAAAGCCUUCGGGACUGGAACGCAACCCAGAUGAAUGUAUCCGUGUCGCCGUUUGCCCAGGCCUCUAAAAGCGGCUUUGGCCGAUGCUAUCAAACCCCAGAUGCGGCCCACGCCUUAUAUGCGACUCCCAGGACAGGAAGCCCAAGACAUCGCUAGUCGAAGCACUGGCUUUCUGUAGCCGUGGUAAUACCCCCCCCCCCAGCCGCGCUUGCUCGACGGCUCCGUACUAUCCAAUCUCUUCUGUU